GGAGCGGAACCGGGCGGAGCCUCGGUCUGUCAGGCUGCAGGGAGCAGGCAACACUUUAACCCUGGUCUCCGGCAUGCCCCGACCGAGAAAAACUAACGUUUAGCAGGAUUCAACCGGCAGGAAGAACUUUUAAAGGCGGGUCCAGAGCAGCCGGGUCCGGCGACGCCGAGGGGUUUAGCAGCCAGCCAUGGACACCACCACCUCCCUGAAGAUGACCUCCCUGGCCGUCCAGAGCCUCUUCAUCUACGUGGAGGAGGAGAACCUGGCUGCGGUCAGGGCCCACCUGGACAAGUUCAGAGACGUGGACUGCAGGAGCGAUAACGGACAGACUCCCCUGAUGGUGGCAGCAGAGCUGGGCUCUCUGGAGAUCGUGCAGGAGCUGAUCCGCAGAGGAGCCACCGUCAACAUGGACGAUGUUGACUGCUGGACGGCGCUGAUCUCCGCCGCCAAGGAGGGACACUUCGAGGUGGUGAGGGAACUCCUGGAGAACAAUGCCAACUUGGAGCACAGAGACAUGGGAGGAUGGACGGCUCUCAUGUGGGCCGCCUAUAAAGGCCGGACGGAGGUGGCCCGGCUGCUUUUGGAAAAAGGCGCCAAUCCGAACAUCACCGGCCAGUACAGCGUCUACCCCAUCAUCUGGGCGGCUGGCCGGGGCCACGCGGAGAUCGUCCAUCUCCUGCUGCAGCACGGAGCCAAGGUCAACUGCUCCGACAAGUACGGCACCACCCCUCUGAUCUGGGCAGCCAGGAAGGACCACUAUGACUGCGUGAUGCACCUCUUGGCUCAUGGAGCUGAUGUGGAUCAGGAAGGAGCAAACUCCAUGACGGCUCUGAUCGUGGCGGUGAAAGGAGGCCACACAGGAGUGGUCAAAGAGCUCCUGAAGAGGAACCCCAAUGUGAACAUGACUGACAAGGACGGCAACACGGCGCUGGCCAUCGCUGCCAAGGAGGGCCACACGGAGAUUGUGCAGGACCUGCUGGACGCCGGCACCUACGUCAACAUCCCAGACCGGAGUGGAGAGACUGUGCUGAUCGGGGCGGUGAGAGGCGGUCAUGUGGAGAUAGUCCGAGCUCUGCUGAACAAAUAUGCUGACGUCGACGUCAGGGGCCAGGAUGGAAAGACUGCCCUCUACUGGGCAGUGGAGAAAGGUAACGCUGCCAUGGUGAGGGACAUCCUGCAGUGUAAUCCUGAUACAGAGAGCUGCACCAAGGAAGGAGAGACGCCGCUUAUUAAAGCCACAAAAAUGAGGAACAUAGACAUAGUGGAGCUGUUGCUGGAUAAAGGAGCCAAAGUGUCUGCAGUGGACAGGAAAGGAGACACGGCGCUCCACAUCGCCAUCCGCGGACGGAGCCGGAAGUUGGCCGAGAUGCUGCUGAGGAACCCAAAAGAUGGCCGCCUCCUGUACCGGCCCAACAAAGCUGGAGAAACGCCGUACAACAUCGACUGCACCCACCAGAAGAGCAUCCUGACGCAGAUAUUUGGAGCCAAGCACCUUUCCCCGACCGAGUCUGACGGAGACAUGCUGGGUUAUGACCUGUACAGCUCGGCUCUGGCCGACAUCCUGAGCGAGCCCACCAUGCAGCCGCCCAUCUGUGUGGGCCUGUACGCCCAGUGGGGCAGCGGCAAGUCCUUCCUCCUUAAAAAGCUCGAGGAUGAGAUGAAGACCUUUGCAGGCCAGCAGAUCGAGCCGCUGGUUCAGUUCUCCUGGCUGGUGGUCUUCCUCUCGCUGCUCCUCUGUGGCUCAGUGGGCAUCAUCCUGGGUUUUACUGUUAAUCCACACCUGGCGAUCGCCGUCUCCAUCAGCCUCUUCGCCCUGCUCUACAUCUUCUUCGCGCUGGUGUACUUUGGAAGUCGGCGUGAGAGGGAGAGCUGGCACUGGGCGUGGGUCAUCAGCACCCGCCUGGCCCGGCAGGUCGGCUACAUGGAGCUGCUGCUCAAACUCAUGUUCGUCAACCCGCUGGAGCUCCCCGAGCAGACCACCCGCGCCCUGCCCGUCAGGUUCCUGUUCACGGACUACAACCGCCUGUCCAGCGUUGGGGGGGAGACCUCCCUGGCAGAGAUGAUCGCCACGCUGUCGGACGCCUGCGAGAGGGAGUUUGGCUUCCUGGCCACCCGGCUGUUCAGGGUGUUCAUGAACGACGAGAUCAAAGGUCAAAAAUGGAAGAAAACCUGCUGCCUUCCCUCCUUCGUGCUGUUCUCCCUGACGCUGGCGUGCCUGAUCACCGGUGUGGUGCUGUUGGCCAUCUUUAAGGUCGACUCUGAAAACCUGACGGUGAACGCGGUGCUGAUAGCCAUGGCCAGUGUGGUGGGUCUGGCCUUGCUGCUGAACUUCAGGACCUGGUGGCAGGUGGCCGACUCCGUCCUGAACUCCCAGAGGAAGCGGCUGCACGGCGCUGCCAACAACCUGCAUAAGCUGAAGAGUGAAGGAUUUAUGAAGGUCCUGAAGCAUGAAGUGGAGAUGAUGUCAAAAAUGGCCAAAACCAUCGACGGCUUCACCCAGAACCAAACGCGCAUGGCCGUGAUCAUCGACGGGCUGGACGCCUGUGAGCAGGACAAAGUUCUGCAGAUGCUCGACACGGUGAGGGUUCUCUUCUCCAAGGGUCCCUUCAUCUCCAUCUUCGCCAGCGACCCGCAUAUCAUCAUCAAAGCCAUCAACCAAAACCUGAACAGCGUGCUGAGAGACUCCAACAUCAACGGCCACGACUACAUGAGGAACAUCGUCCACCUGCCGGUGUUUCUCAACAGCAGGGGCCUCAGCAGAGCCAAGAACCUGUGCAUGGCCACGCCCAGCAACGGAGAGGCCGUGCCUGCAGACGGGUGGCAUGAGGACGUGGACAGGAAGGUGUCCCAGAACAGUCUGUCCCAGGAUCAGGCCAAGCUGGGCAGCAAGAACGCUCUAAACCGAAGGGACACGUACCGCCGCCGGCAGAUGCAGAGAACCCUGACCAGGCAGAUGUCGUUCGACCUGACCAAGCUGCUCGUGACCGAGGACUGGUUCUGUGACAUCAGCCCGCAGACCAUGAGGAGGCUGCUCAACAUCGUCUCCAUCACAGGUCGGCUGCUGCGGGCCAAUCAGAUAAUCUUCAACUGGGACCGCCUGGCGUCGUGGAUCCACCUGACGGAGGAGUGGCCGUACAGAACCUCGUGGAUCAUCCUGUUCCUGGAGGAGGCUGACGGCGUGUCGGAUCAGGUCACGCUCAAGGCCAUCUAUGAGAGAAUCUCCAAAAACAUCCCCACCACCAAGGAUGUGGAGCCGCUGCUGGAGAUCGACGGAGACAUCCGCAGCUUCGAGGUCUUCCUCUCGUCCAGGACGCCCGUUCUGGCCGCCAGAGACGUGGAGAUGUUCCUGCCCUGCACCGUCAACCUGGACCCCAAACUCAGGGAGAUCAUAGCAGACGUGCGUGCCGCCAGGGAGCAGAUGCAUUUAGGAGGAGUGACCUAUCCCACGCUGCCCCUGCAGGAGGCAGUGCCCCGCCCGCAGCCGGGCUACGGCCAGCUCUCCGCCGCCUGCUCCCCGACCGGCUCCUUCGGCGGGUCCCUGCCUCCGCAGCCCCACAGCUCCUACUUCAGCGGCAUGACGGGCCCCCAGCACCCCUUCUACAACCGGCCGUAUUUCCCCCAUCAUGUGUACCACCUGCCUCGACAUUACUCUCACCAUGUCCCCUCAUCCUCGCGUCCUUCCAUUAAACCGCCCAGUCAACCUCAGGACACCAAUGGACUUGAUGUUAUUGCAGAGGAUGCCAGGGAGGUCCUCCUCUCAAGCCCCUGUGACGCAGCUACGGUGUGUCCCGUGGCGCCGCUCAGCUCGCUGGGGACGGACGGCGUGUGCGAGCGGCUCAAGCAGGUCGACGGGAUGGACCCCAACAUGCUGCCUCAGUACGCGGCCAUAAUCACCAAGGCCAACAUAAACGGCCGAGUGCUCACCCACUGCAACCUGGACGAGCUGAAGAGGGAGAUGGAGAUGAACUUCGGUGACUGGCAGCUCUUCAGAGGAAUGGUGAUGGAGCAGCGGCACGCGGAGACGCAGGCGGCGCUUCAGGACGAGUCCCGCGCCGCCAGCGAGGCGGGCGGCAGCGUGCUCCACGGGGAGCCCGGCCGACGCGCCGCUGCAGCCCAGCGGGAAACUGGGCCCUUCAGCCUCAACCUGAGCUUUGAGGAGCUGAGCGGGGCGGGGCUGGAGGAGCCGCCGAGACGCAGCAGCAACCCGCAGUGGACGGUGACAAACCACCACACUUCAAGCAUGUCCAGCCUCAACUCCCAGGAAUCGUCCAAUGACAUCUGCAAGCUGACCGACAAGCAGCAGGCGGAGUACCGGGACGCCUACAGGGAGUACAUCGCUCAGAUGGCCCAGCUGGAGAUGUCCGGCAGCGGGGGGGAGCGGCCCGUGCAGCCCCAUCCGGGCCAGUUCCUCCAGGCCGCCAGCUCCGAGGACAAAGGGGCCAAGGAAGGAGCCGACCAGGACAGCCGCAAGCCCUUCAUCAAGAGGGCCUCCAAGAGCAGCGACGUCCCAGAUUUCGCCUCCGGGGCCGACGCUCCGCUCCUGGAUCCCAUCAGUGAAGAGGACGAGAAGCUGGACCACAGCUUGUCCUCCAGGACCCCGGGCUCCAAGAAGAAAGGCGCCGGGUCGUACUAUCACCAGCUCCCCAGCGAGGAGGACUCUGGCCCGGACGAAGCCGACAACACCACGCCUCUCCUCCACAAAGAGGGACGAGCCGGUCCUCCUGCUCCCCACGGGGCCCCGCAGCCCGCCGGGCUCCUGGCCAAGCCUGGCCUCCUCACAGACAUCCUCCUGGACAAGAAGGACUCCUCCGACUCGGGGAUGCGCUCCAGCGACAGCUCCCCUGAUCCCUCCCUGGAGGAGGCCGGCGGUGAGAGGGGCCCCCCCAAGCCCAGCCUGAUCGAGCUGGAGCUGGAGGGCCUGGUGAAGACCAGGGGCCUCCUGCCCAGCAGGCUGAGCGGCCUGCAGGACGCGGCCGUGGCCCGCAUGUCCAUCUGCUCGGACGCGCCGUCCGAAGCCAGCCUGGCGGCCAGCAGCCCGGACGAGGCGUGGCCCUGCGACGGCGUCAGCAACCUGAACCGCGCCGCCAGCAGCUCCACCCUCAACAACAACAACUCCCCCGACGACACCAACUCCAACGCCAACAACAGCCGUCAGCGGCAGGACGCCUUCCCCGCCUCCAGCAUCGUCGUCCACCCAGGAAGCAGCAGCAGCGCCGCCGUCACCGUCCACCAGAACCAGAACCUGGUGUCCAUCAGCCUGGGGGAUGAGCGGGAGAGCGUCCUGUGAGACGGCUCUAGAUGUCGUGGUGAUGUAGAGCAGACAUGUGUUCCUCAAGUUCUCCGUAGUCGAUGCUGAAUAAAGAACCCGGUUCUACGGAACCUGUUCCCGCCGUAUCAGCGUAGGAUUGUCUCCUGUGUGUAAACUGUGUGUGUGUUUGUGGAAGGGAUGAUUAGUGUUCUCACAUAAAGAGUCAGCAGCUAGUUACUGAAGACGUUAGUUUAGUUUCUGUCAGCCGACUGUUACAUGUUUAGUCAACCAAUAAACCUUUCACCUCAUCACCCUUAA